AUGGGUUGCUGCGAGGGUUUUGUAAAAAUUUAUUUAUUAAUAGGAUGCUUCUUUGAUGCAGCUUUAGGUAUUGCAUGUAUAGUCCUCUCUGCUUAUGCAUCUAAGGUUGAUGAAGAUCUAUUUUACAAGCAAAAUUACAAAGAUUACAAGAAAGAUUUCUGUAUUGCUCUAUACGUUUUAGGUGGUGUUACCAUAGCAACUGGUAUUUUAGGAGCAUAUGGAUUCUUGAAAAAAAUGAAAUGCCUCUAAUCAAUAUUUAUAAUAUUGAAUAUCAUUUACUGCGCUGCAUUUGCUGCCAUUUUUGGUCUAUCUAUCUAUGCCAAAAACUACAUCAACGACUAAAUGACUGAUUCCUAGUGUUUAAGUGGAGAUAUGGCAGAUUAUAAUACUGUUUUUGAGUAGUUAUAAGGUGUGUGGUGCAAUAUCGAUUUACUCAAUGCAACAGGAAGUGUAUCUUGUCCAUGCUUGGCCACUAACUUGAGUUAAUGGAGCGAUUCAGAAUUGUAGUAAAUUAGAAACACUAAAAAGGCUUUUAAAUAGAACACAAAUUGGGUUCCUAUACCUACUGAAACAGUUCUUACCUGCAACUAUUUCAUUGAAUAUAUAGCCUAACAAAAGGCUGAUGAAAUCAAGCUUCUUGAAGCCGUAGAAAGAAACUUUAAAUGCACAGGAGUCUGCUCUGGUGAUCUCGUCUACUACUUUAAUGACAUAAACUCUGGUCGUCCUGACAAUGCUGAUGGUUGCUAUCAUUAAAUAAGAGAUAAACUGAUUGACUGGUCUGGAUAUAUUUACAUAAUUUCAAUUAUCAUAGCCGUAAUCACCUUCCUCAAUGUAUUCUUAGCUUUUGUCAAUUGUUGUAUAGGAAAUAAGCCAUAAAAUUACUCUGAAACAAAGCGUGUUGAAUAAUAUUGA